CUGCAUCGCGAGCCGAAACACGUGCGGGAAGAACAUACGCCGGGUCGUGUAUAAUUUAACACAUUUUUAACUUCACACAAAACGUUUCACAUCGUAAAAUGGGUAAAAUAAAGAAGGAAAAGGUAGAUGCGGCCGAGGAGGUCGACACUUCGGUGGUGGUGAAGGAGGAAGACUCGUACGAGGACAAGGUCCGCAAUGCCAGCGCAAUCGCCCAGCCAAUGGCGUCCAAGAAGCUUACCAAAAAGGUUCACAAGCUUAUCGAAAAAGCAUCGAAACAGAAGAACUUCCUGCGUAACGGACUGAAGGACGUUCAGAUCCGCUUGCGCAAGGGAGAGACUGGAUUGGUUGUGUUUGCCGGCGAUGUGACACCGAUCGAAAUCAUGUGCCACCUGCCGGCCGUGUGCGAGGAGAAGAAUAUUCCCUACUGCUACAUGCCGAGCCGGAAGGAUCUCGGUGCAGCGAUGGGGGUGAAGCGCGGCACGGUCGCGAUGCUGAUCCGGGAGCAUCCCGACUAUCAGGAUAUGUACGAUAAGCUAAAGGUAGAACUCUCAACCCUUCCCGUACCUUCGUAAAGGGGGUUCGAUUCUGCGUCGACCUGCUAAAUUGUACUAUUUUAGUGUUAACAACCGUGCCCGAGGAGGAGGAGGAGGAAUAUGAUUUUCUUUUACAAUUUUUCUUUUUAUUUUUUCUCAACUCUUGAAUUCAAAAUUUUUAUGAAUUUUUAUUUCAUCGUCAAACGUGCUUUCGGUUAAGAAUCAAAUCGAAAGUGGAAUAGAUUUGCAUUAUUUUAGUAGACAGCCAGAUUUAUUAAAUUGUGUUACUACCCCGAAUAUUAGUACACAUAAACACGCUUGUCCAUUGAAGUAUAGAAAACCCAAUAAACCUUCCAAUGUAAUACUACUA